AUGUUCAAGCUCGGACGCAACCGUUUGGCUUCUGCCAUCCAAACUUCCUCGAGGGUCGCCGCCUCGCCUGCCAGAUUCCCGGGUCUCGCGCAGCAACAAAGAAGAAACCUCAGCAUCCACGAGUACCUCUCCGCCGACCUCCUGCGCCAGUAUGGAGUCGGUGUCCCCAAGGGUUCCGUCGCGAAGUCCGCCGCCGAGGCCAAGGCCAUCGCAAAGGAGAUCGGUGGUGAGGACAUGGUCAUCAAGGCCCAGGUCCUCGCCGGUGGACGUGGAAAGGGCACGUUCGACAACGGUCUGAAGGGCGGUGUUCGCGUCAUCUACUCCCCUACCGAGGCCGAGAUGUUCGCCGAGCAGAUGAUUGGCCACAAGCUUAUCACCAAGCAGACCGGCGCUGGCGGCAAGCUCUGCAACUCGGUCUACAUCUGCGAGCGCAAGUUCGCCCGCCGCGAGUUCUACCUCGCCAUCCUCAUGGACCGCGCCUCCCAGGCCCCGUUAUCGUGUCCUCCUCCCAGGACCGUCGCCAAGGAGAACCCUGAGGCUAUCAUCACCACCAACAUCGACAUCAACAAGGGCGUCACCGACGAGAUCGCUCGCGACAUCGCCGUCAAGCUUGGCUUCAGCGAGCAGUGCAUCGAGGAUGCCAAGGACACCAUCCAGAAGCUCUACAAGAUCUUCCUCGAGAAGGACGCCACCCAGAUCGAGAUCAACCCCCUUUCCGAGACCUCGGACCACAAGGUCCUCUGCAUGGACGCCAAGUUCGGCUUCGACGACAACGCCGACUACCGCCAGAAGGACAUCUUCGCCCUCCGCGACACCACCCAGGAGGAUGCCGACGAGGUCCGCGCCGCCGAGUCCGGCCUGAACUUCAUCAAGCUUGACGGUGACAUUGGCUGCCUCGUCAACGGUGCCGGUCUGGCCAUGGCCACCAUGGACAUCAUUAAGCUCAACAAGGGCACGCCCGCCAACUUCCUCGACGUCGGUGGUGGUGCCACUCCCGCCGCCAUCAAGGAGGCCUUUGAGCUCAUCACGAGCGACCCCAAGGUUUCCGCCAUCUUCGUCAACAUCUUCGGUGGUAUCGUCCGCUGCGACCUCAUCGCCCAGGGUCUCAUCAACACCUCCAAGGAGCUCAACCUCAAGAUCCCCAUCAUCGCCCGUCUGCAGGGCACCAACGUCGAGGCCGCCCACGAGAUCAUCAACAACUCCAGCAUGAAGAUCUUCUCCAUUGACGACCUCCAGACCGCCGCCGAGAAGGCCGUGCAGCUGUCCAAGGUUGUGAAGAUGGCCCGCGAUAUUGACGUCGGCGUCGAGUUCUCCCUGGGUAUCUAA